AUGAGACGUUCCGGCCCUCUUCAAGAGCUACCUCUUGAACAAUUCUUACCAACUUCCUCGAAAGUACGACCCAAUAAGCGACCUCUAUCUCCUGGGGCCCCAAACCUUUUCAGCCCGACCAAACGUCGCCUACUUGAAGAGGAGGGCAUCUUCACGCCGGAGAAGACCACAAAGAGUCCGUUCUUUGCUUCCCGAGGGGCAACACCUUCGUACUUCUCUGCUGUGCUGUGCGGCCCCGAGAGCCCCGCGCGCAAACUCGACUUUUCGCCCUCGAAACGCACGAACCAGGAAGGGAGCAGUAAAGUAACGAAGGAGGAAGCACCAUCGUAUACCUCGCCAAGCGUAGCGACGACGUCGACUAUCAUUGCGGCGGAGGCUUCAUCGGACUCGAACCACUUAUCGGCAACACCAUUCGAGGAAUUCUCGGAUGAUGAGUCCAGUGAUUUUGAAUUUGACUCAUCAGCGGUUCUUGGUCAGAGUCGCGCCCCGAACAUGAUCCCACGCGAAAUGCCGCCACCACCCGAUCCACAAUCCCAACACUAUCCCGGUUUCUCUAUUUAUCAAGAUACUCAUAUCCUUAUUCCCCGCGCAUCCGAAAACAAGACCCCACCUUCGCAGGAGGACGAAUCGACGAAGGAGAAUAUCGCGCCCCGACGGAAGCUGAAGAAGUCCGCCACAGUGCCACUUUCUCCAAGUUCUGUUAGCAUGAAGAACCUUGACCUAAGCGGCCCGAGUAAAGCUCGUAGUACCCCCGUCACGCCAAAGCCCGCCGCGUUCCUCCGCCCCCGUCCUCCAUCGCCUACGCCACGGAGGCCCAUCGUUGGCCUACAUCCAGCGUCGGCCUUGACACCUAUGGCCAACCCUAGUGCUCGGAGGGAGCUCAGGCGUAUGCUUGAAAGGGAAGCGGAUACGGCAGACAGUGAGGACGAAGAAGAACACGAACUCUGA